CUACGGUGCAGGAGGCUGUGCAAGGCUGAAAGAGGACGACGGAGGCGGGGUAUCCAUGAAGGGCUGUGAACUUAUAUACAUACAACACCAUCCGCGCUCAUUUCAUUGAUCGUAGACCUCAAACGAAGUCAACUGCAGUGUGGAAAUGGAUCGAGUCUCCAAUGUCGCCGGUCGUUUCCAAAGAAACUUGAAAGAAUUACACACGCGGUAUCACGAAGUUGGCUUUCAAUACCUCCCCUUACAAGGCUCUUCGGACAUCCGUCUACUCAGGAUCCAGCCUGGAAGGCCUAGUGAUGGGAUUCCCUGCUUGAUACGAGUCGUUAGCCUUGACGAGAACCCAAAAUACACGGCUCUUUCUUAUACCUGGAGGAAACAGCUCUCACCCUUGCGUGCUGGAGCCCUCACGGCGUUCGAAAUCAUGAAAUCGAUCUAUCAAGGGAAUUUAUUUGAUAUGCACAUCCCAGAGGCUGAAACAGAGGAGCGCACCCCCAAGACCAUCCUGUGCAAUGGCAGCAGAAUCAACAUAUCUUUGAAUUUAUAUGACGCCUUGCUAUCACUCAGAGAGAUACAACCAAAGAGUUGGUAUUGGAUUGACGCGUUAUGCAUAAACCAAAGGUACCUGACACCUCAUAUCUGAUGUGUCUAAAUUGACUAGAGAAAAGCAAAUGAAGCAUAAUACUAAAUAG